AUGGAAAAAGAGGAUACAUAUUCAGACGUGACAGAGAAGUUUGAAUAUUUGGAUGCACCAAGGAAGAAGAAGGGAAAACACCCCCCUAAAGGGAGGAAUAAUUCCGGUCUUUUGCAGGGGAGUGACUCUCUACAGCAAGAUACAUGUCAAGGAGACAACAGGAAUGAGUACACUGCAAGCAAGAAAAGUUUCACUGACAUAUCAGUUAUUAAUAAAGACCAAAGGAUAUGUAACAGAAAGAAAAGAUAUAAAUGCCGGGAAUGUGGAAAAAGUUUCAGGCAGAGAGCGCACCUUACUUCCCACAUGAGGGAGAAAACAUAUACAUGCCUGGAGUGUGGGAAAAGCUUCAGUCACAGUUCCCGUCUUACUUCCCAUCAAAGAACUCACACAAAAGAACCAUAUAAAUGCAUGGAGUGUGGGAAAAGCUUCCGUCGGAGGGACAGUCUUACUUCCCAUCGAAGAAUUCACACAGGGGAGAAACCAUACAAAUGCCUGGAUUGUGGGAAAAGCUUCCGUUACAGUUCACACCUUUCAUCCCAUCGAAGAAUUCACACAGGUGAAAAACCAUACAAAUGCCUGGAGUGUGGGAAAAGCUUCAGUUGGAAGAACACUCUUAUCUUCCAUCAAAGUAUACAUGCAGGGGAGAAACUAUAUAAAUGCUUGGAAUGUGGGAAAAGUUUUGGAAGAAAAUAUACUCUCAUUGCCCAUCAAAGAAUUCACACCGGGGGGAAACCUUACAAAUGCUUGGAGUGUGGGAAAAGCUUUGGUUACAGUAAGAGUCUUGCUUCCCAUCAAAGAAUUCACACAGGGGAGAAACCAUACAAAUGUCUGGAUUGUGGGAAAUGCUUGAGUCGGAGGGACAGGCUUACUUCCCAUCAAAGAAUUCACACAGGGGAGAAACCAUACAAAUGUCUGGAUUGUGGGAAAUGCUUGAGUCGGAGGGACAGGCUUACUUCCCAUCAAAGAAUUCACACAGGGGAGAAACCAUACAAAUGUCUGGAUUGUGGGAAAUGCUUGAGUCGGAGGGACAGGCUUACUUCCCAUCAAAGAAUUCACACAGGGGAGAAACCAUACAAAUGUCUGGAUUGUGGGAAAUGCUUGAGUCGGAGGGACAGGCUUACUUCCCAUCAAAGAAUUCACACAGGGGAGAAACCAUACAAAUGUCUGGAUUGUGGGAAAUGCUUGAGUCGGAGGGACAGGCUUACUUCCCAUCAAAGAAUUCACACAGGGGAGAAACCAUACAAAUGUCUGGAUUGUGGGAAAUGCUUGAGUCGGAGGGACAGGCUUACUUCCCAUCAAAGAAUUCACACAGGGGAGAAACGAUACAAAUGCCUGGAGUGUGGGAAAAGCUUCUGUCGGAGUGACAAUCUUACUUCCCAUCAAAGAAUUCACACACAGGAGAAACCAUACAAAUGCCUGGAGGGUGGGGAAAGCUUCAGUCAUAGUGCACCCCUUGCUUCUCAUCGAAGAAUUCACACAGGGGAGAAACCAUACAAAUGCCUGGAGUGUGGGAAAAGCUUCAGUCGGAGACACAGUCUUAUUUCCCAUCAAAGAAUUCACACAGGGGAGAAACCAUACAAAUGCCUGGAGUGUGGGGAAAGUUUCAAUCGAAGGGACAGUCUUACUUACCAUCAAAGAAAUCACACAGGGGAAAAAGCAUACAAAUGCUUGGAGUGUGGGAAAAGCUUUGGUUACAGUAACCUUCUUGCUGUCCAUCGAAGAACUCACACAGGGGAGAAACCAUACAAAUGCCUGGAGUGUGGAAAAGGUUUUGGAAGAAAAGAUACUCUCGUCGCCCAUCAAAGAAUUCACACAGGGAAAAAAGCAUACAAAUGCUUGGAGUGUGGGAAAAGCUUUGGUUAUAGUAACGUUCUUGCUUCCCAUCGAAGAAUUCACACAGGUGAGAAACCAUACAAAUGCCUGCAGUGUGGGAAAAGCUUCCGUCAAAGUGGAAAACUUACUUCCCAUCGAAGAAUUCACACAGGGAAACCAUAUAAAUGCCUGGAGUGUGGAAAAUGCUUCAGUUGCAGUUCACACCUCUGUCCAUCAGAAAAUUCAUAA